AUUAGAAAUGAAAUAUAAUAUGAUUUUCUAGCAAUAUGUCCAUUAAAUUUAUUUUUAAAUAAAUCACACAUGAAUCAAGGUUGUGACUUAUGUUUUAAUAUAUAAGAUGAUAUAUAUUCUAAUGAGAAAAAUGUGUAUAUGAAUUUUUCGAACACAAUAAUGUUAUAUCUUACGUGUUUCUCGUCAAGCUUCAAACUGUCACAUGUAUUUUUAUAUUUUCUAUAUAUUUAUGCUUUUUAAAUUGUGUUUAAUUAUUAUACACAUUAAUAUAUGUAAACUUUGGUACAGUAGAAAAUUAUUUUCAUGUCGAAUUCUUUUUAGUUGUGAUAUUAUACGUUGCCUUAAAAAUGAUUGUAGUAUAUUUCAAAUAUUAGGUGAAAAACACCUACGAACAGCUUGCUUCUCUAACAUAUACCAAAUUUUUGUAUAAGUAAAAAAUAUACCUAUAAGAUAUAAUCAAUACAUUGACGAUAAAUACGGAUAGUUGAGCACGAUUUGGGGAAAAUUUUAAUUUGAAGAUAUAGUUAAUUAUUUGGCAAUAUUUUCGUUGAUAUUAAUUGAUUAGUUAACCAAAAAUAGUUAUAAAUACCGAAAUUUGUGUACAAUAAUUAAUUACUUGUUUUUUUUUAAUGCGAACCAAUUUCAGUUUAAGGUUAGAAGAAUAUAUCCAUAUUAUUAAUGGAAUAUUUCGGAUUUUAUUAUGGAAUACUCCACCAUCUUCAUCUUCUCCAAGUGCAUACUGUGGUAAAGGUGUAUAAAGAUGUAACAUUAUGUUCAAAGAAAAUAAUAUUGACUUCGAUUAAAAAAAUAAGUAUUGACUUGUGUGGUAUAACACAACCUCAAGAAAAAGGAUUAAUAGAUGACACGAUCACGAUAGUUAAAAAAGAAUACCCGAUCAGCAACAUUUCAAAUCGUGUUUGAGUGUUUGUUCAUGGCCACAGCGCUGCUACUAUACUAAUAUAUAUGUUUAGAGUAGUUUCAGUGAUCCACUUUAAAUGCAUGUGCACUACGGAGAAACUUUGAGGUUUCUUGAUGUUGUAAACAUGUCGAAGGAUCUCAGGAAAAAAAAAAUAAACCAGAAGAAUAAACACGAGUUAAAAUCAUAUAGCGUUUGAUAUAAAUGUUUUAUUAUAGUAGUCACGAUUUAUAUUAUAUAGCAAAGUUUUAUUAUGUUUUAACUCAUAGACAUUAGCUGAUUUAUGCAAUAUGAGACUUAUGUGAUGUUAAUAUGAAAUUAAAUGAUAGGACAACUAAAUUUUAUGACUUUCUAGUAGAUAGUCCAUUUUUUAAAAAAUCACACAUGAAUCAAGGUUGUGACUUCUGUUUUAAUAUAUAAGAUUACCUAAAUUCCCCUAAUUAUAUGAGUGUGUUACAUGGUCCAUAAAUUUGAUACGAUGAUAUUAUUUAUUGACUACAAUUCGGUUAAAUUGAAAUUUAAACAAAUCUUAACCAACAUCAAAAUAGUAUAAUAUCCAUUAUAUUUUCCAUUGAUAUUGGUCUGAAAUAUAUUUCAUUGUUCUAUAUACUCUGAUACAACCACUGCUUGAAUAUUAUACAAAGAUCACACUCUACUCCUCGGCUUUAUAAUGAAUUUAGACUGAUUGUAAACAAUGUAUAAUGUUAUUAUACAAAAAAACCCACAUUGGACUGCUUAUUAAUUUUGUGAUUUGGAUAACGCAUGUUAUGAUCAAAAUUCCAAACGAAACCAUAUUCAAAUGAUUUGUAGAAUGAAUGAUAUGAUCAUAUUCGAACGACAUAAUCAUAAAAAUGUGUUUUACUGUGUUUCAUAUACAAUAUAUACUAGUCUAAGUAUUAAAUUAAUAAGAUCGCCAAAUAUUAAGUUUAUCAUAUACAUUUAUUUUUUGGUUAAUAUAAGUUUUUUUAUCAAUUAAAUUUUGGACUUACUAAUUUUUCAAUUGAUUUUUAUGUUGUCAGCCAUGUAAGUUUAAUUGACACCAUAAUUAAUUGAGAUCUAAACAAUCGUAUUCUUUUUUAAUUAGUACAGAUUUAAGGUUAUAAUUUUUUUAAUGUUUAUCAUUAAUACAGAGGGGAUAUGGGAGGUAGUACGGCAAUAUAGAAUUGGAUCCCUGCCAAACUGAGGAGAAGAAUGUUCGAAGAGGUUUAUACCGGUUAAGUAGAAUUCACGUUUUCAGGUUUAAUCUGGUUUGGUACGGUUAAAUUUAGAUGACCGUAUUAGUCAAAAUCAAUCGAAGGUCAAACGUCUCAGAAUUUUUCUCCUUCGUGGCUCUGCCUCAACGAUAUUCUGAUCAGCAGCAAUCUCAGUCCCAAAAGCUUGAGUUCGGAAUCCAAUAUCUGAUGGAUGGUGGAACGCUCAACAUCAAGAAAUGGGUAGUGAUGUAUCCAGUCUACAUUAACUCAAAGAAAAGUGUUGCUGAAGGAAGGAGAAUCAGUUUGAGUAAAGCAUGUGAGAACCCUAACUGCAUUGAGAUUACUGAUUGUUGCAAGCAUUUGAAGCUCCCUAGUGCUGUCGAGAUUGACAAAGCGUACCCCCGUGAUUUCAUGCAAGUAGGAAGAGUGAGAGUGCAGUUGAAAAGGGAGGAUGGGACUUUACUCAAUCCUGCUAUUACUUCAAGGAAGCAACUGAUGCAGAAAAUUGCAGAUUUGGUACCUAGGCAUCCAGAGAGAGUGAAGAAGCAGGAAUCUCAGAAAGUGAAGAAGCAGGAACUUCAAGCCACAACUUUAACCGCUGGAACUUCUUCAAAGUCCGGCAAAGGUGGCAAGAAGAAGAGAUAAAACAAGUCCUCUCUAUCAUUCAUCUUCUCCAUGUCAUCAGAUUCUAUGGUUUUUAAUUUCCAACUCGUCAGAUGUAAAAGAUUUUGUUCAUUUCAUCAAUGACGAAACAAAAGAGACAGAAAACAUCGUCAGCU